UUCUGCGCCCGCGGUACGCCACAGCGGGGCCCCAUCCUGACAGAGAGUGGCAGCCAAGAGAAGAUUUUUGCCCUCCGUCUCCGAACUUCUCUAAUGUUUAACUUGGCGCUGCUGGCGGCCCAGCGUAUCCGGGACGGCAGGGCAGGGAGGGAGGGACGGAGAGAGGGAGGGAGCCUGAAGAAAAGUCGCCCGCCGUUGUUGUUUUCUCCCUUUUACACACUGAUUUCCCUGGAAGCCAAAGGACCGGCAGGAGCUUCCCGCAAUGAAGACGGUACUGAAAUGCUUAUUAGGGCUUCUUGCUCUUGGAGUUAUCAUUACAGCCAUAGUUGUUCCAGUAGUUUUGCUAACAAGGGAUGCAGAUUCCGAUAUCCGCAGAAAAUUUUCUUUGGAGGAUUAUCUGAAUAAUGAUUUUCAGUACAAAUCAUACAAUGUGCGGUGGAUGUCAGGUCAUGAGUAUGUCUACACAAAUCAGAACAAUGUUUUUCUGUACAACAUUGAUGAUGGAAAAGAGACUAUAAUCUUAUCAAAUAACACAUUAGAAAAUUGGAAUAAUUCUGUUGCAAUAUUGUCACCCGACAAAAAAUUUGCUCUUCUGCGAUACAGUUAUGAGAAGGUGUGGAGGCACUCAUACACAGCAUCAUACCAUAUCUAUGAUCUAAAUAACAGAACCAUAAUAACUGAGAAUCCACUUCCUACAACUAUCCAGUACAUAUCAUGGUCACCUGCCGGACACAAACUGGCUUAUGUUUACCGUAACAAUGUUUAUGUGAAAACAACACCAAAUGCCAAACCUGUUGAAAUCACUGAGAAUGGAGCCGAAAACAAAAUUUUAAAUGGAUUAGCAGACUGGGUAUAUGAAGAGGAAAUGUUUGGCACCCAUUCUGCUCUGUGGUGGUCUCCAAGUGGCAGGUUUUUGGCGUUUGCAGAGAUUAAUGACACCGAAGUUCCUCUUAUUGAGUAUUCGUUUUAUUCAGAAGAUACACUGCAAUAUCCAAAGACCAUUAAAAUCCCAUAUCCUAAGGCAGGUGCUACAAAUCCAACAAUAAGACUAUUUGUUGUGGAUAUUCUAGCCCUUCCUCAAAAAAAUAUAUCGGAAAUUGUUGCACCAUCUAGUAUAAUAUCAGGGGAUCACUACUUGAGUGUUGUAACAUGGGUGACUGAUGAAAGAAUUUGUCUGCAGUGGCUUAGACGGAUUCAAAACUUUUCUAUGCUCACCAUCUGUGACUACUCUAGCGAUGUGUGGCAGUGCCCAAAGAACAGGGAGCAUCCUGAAGAAAGUAAAACUGGCUGGGUUGGCAGAUUUCAGCCAUCGGAACCUUACUUUGCUUCUGAUAAAAUUAGCUACUAUAAAAUUAUCAGUGAUUCACAAGGAUAUAAUCAUAUUCACUACACUGAUAGCACAGGCAAUGUUAAACCUAUUACAAGUGGAAAAUGGGAAGUAAUCAGUAUAGCUGCUGUAACAAAUAACACCCUAUACUUUAUUAGUAAUGAAUUUGAUGGUAGACCAGGAGGAAGACAUCUUUAUAAAGUGGACUUAAAACAUGACUUGAAAAAAACAUGUAUCACUUGUGAUCCAAAUGAGGAAGCAUGUCAGUAUUUCUCUGUAUCCUUCAGCACAGAUGCAAGAUAUUAUAAACUAAAUUGUUACGGUCCUGGCAUGCCCUACUUCACCUUGCAAAACAGCAAAACAGACAAAGCUAUUAAGAUCCUAGAAAAUAAUGAUAAUUUGAAAAAUGUAUUGAAAGAAAUUCAGAUGCCCAGCAAAAGACUGAGAAAUAUUACUCUGCAUGGACAAACAUACUGGUAUCAGAUGAUAUUGCCUCCAAAUUUCGAUGAGUCAAAAAAGUAUCCCUUGCUCAUUGAUGUAUAUGCAGGGCCUUGUAGUCAGAAAGCAGAUGCUGCCUUCCGGAUCAACUGGUCUACAUAUCUCGCAAGCUCUGAAGGGAUUAUUGUGGCUAGCUUUGAUGGUAGAGGAAGUGGCUUUCAAGGAGAUAAAAUUUUGCAUGCAAUAUACCGAAGACUGGGAACCUAUGAAGUUGAAGAUCAGAUCUCAGCAGCCAAGCUAUUUUCCGAAAUGAGCUUUGUUGAUAAGGACAGAAUGGCUAUUUGGGGCUGGUCUUAUGGAGGUUAUGUAACUUCCAUGGCCCUCGGAGCCGGAAGUGGUGUGUUCAAGUGCGGAAUAGCUGUGGCACCUGUCUCACGCUGGCAAUAUUAUGAUUCUAUAUAUACUGAACGCUACAUGGGUUUGCCUGAAAAAAAUGAUAACCUGUAUUUCUAUGAGAACUCUACAGUUAUGGCCAGAGCAGAAAACUUCCAAAUGGUUGACUAUCUCCUGAUCCAUGGAACAGCAGAUGAUAACGUUCAUUUUCAACAAGCAGCCCAGAUUUCAAAAGCUCUGGUUGACGCACAGGUGGAUUUCCAAGCAAUGUGGUAUACAGAUAAAGAUCAUGGAAUCGAAGGACAUGCCCACAGCCAUAUUUACCAUCACAUGAGUCAUUUUAUCAAACGUUGUUUUAAAUUGCCAUAAAGUUGGGAGUGCCUUAUCUAUGCGAAACUGGUCAACUUCUGAAGUUUUAAGAGCACUUUUCUCGUAAAUUGUCCCAUAUUUCAUUGGAUGACACAGUCAAUUUAAUUUGUGCGGACACUUGAAUGAAGAAAACAUGAUCCACUGAGCACAAGCCAAAGAACUGCAGAGCUCCCUUGUUCCUGCAGGAGCUGCUCCAAUCCUUUUUUUUUUUUUUUCCCCUCAAGGACUAUUUUUGCAUAAUAGUGUUUUUAAAAUGAUUUCUUGCAGUAAGCCACCAUUGCCUUGGGUGCAGAAAUCUGCCUUCAUCAUUUCUAUAUGGAACUGUUGUUCUUUUGAAACAAGGAUUAAUCCAUAAUCCUCAUGAGAUGUUCAUUACAAACUAGGGAAAACAUACUUUAAUUUCUGCUUGAGUUCUCUCUGUAUUGAUUUUAGGUGAAAACUUAGCAUUUCGAUAAGUACCAGUUUUACAUAUGUUUCUUUACGUAAACUUGUAUGGCAGCUCUCUACAAAUAUGUGGAUUUCUACCAAAAUAAACAGUAGCUGAUAUAGGGAAAUCAAUCUGUGAUGGGAGAGCUUUGCAAGUAGCUUCUUGCUUAAACAGAGAGGGAAGAUCAUCCUGCUCUAGAAGGUUCCAACUUCUUUAAAGUCAAGAUGGCCGUUUUCUAGGAAUAUGCCUCCAAAUAGGUGGAAAAGGAAAGGGAAAGGACAUUAAAAUGGUUUUUCUAUCUUGAACAUUCGGGGGGAAAUUCCAGGAGACACUCUAGAACCAGCAAGUCAGACUACUUCCAGAACUGCUGCAAUUGACAAUAACAAUGAAAAUACCAGCUACUUGAAUUAUUCCUUUUGGGCAGUUGGGAGGCAGGGGCCAGAACCAGCUCACCAAGGGCUUCAAUGAAUCUGUUCCAGCGAAUGAUACCAGGCUUCAACCUUGAGAAUGGCAGGACACUCGGGGGGGAAAAAACAACAGGUGUUUGUUUUGUGCAUCCAGCUCUAAGCAAAGUGGAGGUAUGAGUGGCUACAUCUGGGUGCCUCAGGGAUUUUAUUAAGGUUGUUGGAGCCUAGUAAGCAGCCAGUCCUCUCCCUUCUGCUUUCUAUAUGCUUGCUAUACCAGAUGAUCUCACACUUCCUGCCUCUAACAUAUAUCCAGGAAAGUGGAAAGUGCUUUUCCUGUAUGAUUAGCCCACACACAGGCAGCAUUUCCAGUGAUACUACUUGCAGUGGGUUCCAGAUUGGGUGAUCGUGAAUGUCUAAUCUGCCUGAAAUGCACAUUUGUAAACAAUCGCUAGAAAACGCCCAUGAUUUCCACAGAAUUGAGAAUUAGGAGCUGAGAUUAGAUGCCUCAGGGUGAGAAUUAGCACAGAAAUUGGAACCAGAUUGCCAAUUGGAACCAGAUUGCCGACAUCUGAGCCAUUAGAUAUUUAGUACCUGUAUUAAUCAUACCUCAUUUGAAUUAAUAUCACAUUUAAGACCUGUGGUACAUGUUUUGUUCUCUGUAUGAUAUAAUUAUAUGUACCCAUCAUACAUAGGAAUCAUGAAGACAGCAAUAAAAGUCUAGUUCCUCUGUUAUGGUGAGUAAUAUAAUUUAUGAGAAUGGGAUGCAAAACAUGGUUUGAGAACAUUUCUAUGCAUAAAAUUCAUAUUGGAUUAAUGUAAUUUGUUAACACAAUCCUCUAAAAGUUCACUAUGGUUUUAAAAAGGAAUCUGUGGAGAUUGUUAAAAUAAAUUGCAUUGCAAAUGUUGGUAUUUUAACUGUAAUGCAAUAAAAUCAUUUUCUACUACCAAAGACUAAAA